GUAGAUUCAAUCAUGGGAAACAAGUUGUUGAAAUAUGGUGGGAAAUCUGGUAUCCUCCCCAAACACCGUCCUAUAUUUAAAUCGCCAAUUCGUCAGCCAACACCCUACGAAUUAGCCGAACACGCCAAGAUCGAACAAGGUAUCGUUGAAGCUUUGCCUGUCCCUAAACACAAGAACGGUAAGGAGUUACAACGAGUCCAGCCAUUCAAGAAAGUCAUUACUGUUGAUGAAAGAAUCCAGCACAUUAUCGAACGUGCUGCCGAGAAAGAUUCCAAGAUUGAUACUUCCAAGCUCACUGAUGAACAAAAGUGGAAGUUGAAGCGAGACGCUAUUCGUCGUGAAUUCUUGCGUGAGGCUUAUGUUCUUGAAGCCAAGAGAUUAGAAGAGAUUGAUAGACGUAGUGAGAAAUUGAGAAUCAAAGAACAACAAAAGAAGGAAGCUGAAGAAAGAGAAUUGCUUAAACAAGAAGAAGAAAAUGCUAAUGUGGGUAUUCCAACCGUGGAAAAGUUAUUGACUGAAGGUAUGAUGCGACCAAGAACCGAAGAAGAAAAGGAAUUACUACAAGCCAAGAGAGUAUUGAACUGUCAUGCUAAGGAAUUAAUCCAAAAGGAAGCCAGAGCCAACAACUUGUUGGAUUUAUACCAUGCUGCAGGAAAUUUCAUCACCACCGAAGCCGAAUUAGAUGAAGCUAUUCACAAGGCAUUCGAAGUCGAUUUAGGUAAGUUUGUCACCAAUGAAACCUCCAUCGAAGCUAAAUUACAAACUCCAAACCUUGCAUACUUGACAGUCAAGAUGAAUGAACUGUUGAUUACCGACCAAGUCUUGGGUGAAAUCAACGGUAAACCGGGCUUGGACCAAGUCAAGGAGAUUUUAAGUGGGGAGACCGAAAAGACCAAGAGAGAAGUUCAAAUGAAUUUAGAUGUGUAAAUAGUCAUGUAAAUAAAACAACCGUAUUGUCAGCCUU